AUGGUCGUGUCUACGCGUGCUCGCGCGGCCGAAAACACUCGACCAGAAACGCGAUCAACAAAAAUCACAACUCCUGCAGCAAAGGCACGAAGGACCACAAAAAGAAAAGCUGUUGAAGAGGAACAUGAUGCAGCAGAAGAUACAGCUCGAGGUACUAACCUUGAAUCGUCAAAAGCCACUCGAGGGAGAUCCAAACGGACUGCCGCAAAUAAUGGUUCAAAACAUGAAGAAACCGAUGCACAUGCUGAGGCGACCGAAACGCCGGCACCAAAACCUGGACGAGGACGGCCACGAAAAGGUACAACGAGCUCUCAAAGUACAGACUUUCCAGAAGGAUCCAAAAAGACUACAACUAGGAGAGGAAAGCUGAGCGAUGAGCCAAAAAAGAACGUCACUCGAAUUACCAAAAGCGCAGAAGGCUCUCGGCCUGCGGAAACAAUUGAAGAUGUGGGCGAACGGGACACUGUGAGGGUCAAUGCAGGACGGAUGAUUACUUCGGCGAUUAAAGGGGCUUCUGGGGCUCUCGCUGCAGCACCAAAGAAAAAGGUUACUUUCCAGACUGAGCCAAUUGCUAUUGGAGACAAGGAAAAUCAAGCACCGCUACAAGCUCGUACCAAAGCAGCCUCAUCAUCUGGCGCUGAAGAAAAGUCUUCUGCAAAGGCCACAGGUCUCAAGGCUAAACCCAUGCGCAGACCAGCCGCUAAGACGACUAAGAGCAACAACAAAAAGCAUAAUGCGACCACAGAAGAGCCGACUUCGACUAAAGAGAGGGAAGCGAAAUCACCAUUGUCACCGAAAAAGGCAAAGCAAAUCGCUGUCGCAAAGCAGAACACUUCAGAUGAGGAGGAACCAAAGGGCAAGCACGAGACUCCCGUGAAAGAGCUCAACAAGUCGCCGGUUAAAGGACUAGGAAAUGCAGUUCCUUCCUCGACGAAGAAAGACAUCUACACUCUAGAGGCACCAGUCCCUCAAAAGACCAAUUUAUCGGCCCCACAACUCUUAGGAAAGAUGGACACCUCUUACUCAGCUCUGAACAGCCCGGCUCGUCGCCCGCCACCCUCACCUUACAAGGACGCCCUUAAGAAUACGCCGGUGAAGUUUACCCUAGAGCAACCGGUAUCGAAAGCCCACUUCAAGGCAGCGACUCCAAAGCCUGCAAAAGCAUCAUUGCUUCAAUCGCCUGCCCGAAGACCCUCCCCUGUCAAAGGAGCUCCUGCUACUGCACCUACCAAAGGUUACAUGGCGCGGCCUGCAAUGGAACCUCCUCAGACCAUAUCCUCAAUGAGGUUCCCUAACCGGUCACUCUACACUCCGUCGAGGUUGGGCAGAAGCCCCUUAAGACCUCCGCGGUCGCCAGUCCACGUAGACGAGACUGAAACGAUGACGAUGAAUGAGAAUGCAGCCACUGAAAACCGCCCCACAAAGGUUAUCUCUUCCGAGCCUGUAAUCGAACAGGUCGAAUCACCCGACAUUGUCAUGGACGAUUCGCCUACACGAGCUACAUUUCAGAAUGAGCUUCUUCAAACUCCUUCGAGAUUGUCGACAGUGAUUGAACUGCCGAGCAUGAUUGACGCCGCUGCAUCUCCGGAGCAGCUUGCGGUCGAAGAGGAGAACCAGCACCAGUUCAAGAGGAGUACUACCCCGCCGGGGCCACCACCGAGAUCUAUCACGCAGAAUUUUGGAUCUCUGACGCCAGCGACGGUCUAUCCCUCGGAUGAAUCCGAGUCGGAGGAUGAAUUGCAGUCUCAUCGACGAGGCUAUUCGCCAAAGCAGAAAUUCGAGCCUAUUGCAACACCUCUUGUGCAUGCGCCUGCCAGUCCUUCCCCGUUUACCGCUGGCAAGACACCGAAAAGUGUGACUGCACGUGGCAAACAGAGAAAGCAAAAGCCAAUAUCUCACCAGGACCAGCUCCCCGGCAUGACGCCACUGGUCCAGCAAUUCAGCACCUGGCAGGGCGCUAGUCCAGACAAGAGGGCUUCGAAGCAGAAAGAGCGAAAGGGCCAAGGAAUCUUUUCGGCGCCAAUAUUGGAGAAGCCCACACCUAAGCUACAAAAGGCGGUCUCUCCAUUAGUACCUUCCCCGUCGACUAUGAAUCUGACUCCAAUGCAACAAUCUUUCUUUUCCGAUGAGAUGAAUGCACGCGAGGAGGAAGAUUUCUUGAUGAUGGAUGCAGAAGCAAAGGAAAACGAAAUGAAUAAUGACCUGCAUCUUGCGCUCCCUUUGGACACUCCAGCCCACACAUUUGCUGAUGGACAACAAAGCCCAAUCGAUCCAAUGAUUCUGGAGAGCACCGACAGGCAAGCAGCUGGAUUGGGCGAUACGACCAUUACCUGUACCCCUGCAAAGCUUGUAGCAGAGACGCCUCGCGUGGUCCAUACAGUCACAAAAGUCCCACUGAAACCAGCUGCUGACGACGAGGAGUCACCCUCGCGACUUCCACUCCGACUGAACAACGGACCAAGACGGUCACCUAGGAAAUCGCUCCAAAAUCCAUUCAGCUCGAAAGAUGACACUCUGCGGUUGAAUAAGCCUAUGAAUAAUGACAAUUUCACUUACGAGACUCCUACCAAACAAACUCCUUCAACACCGAUGAUUUCCACUGGAGGUGUGGACUGGCAGAAAUUUGCAACCCCAGCGAAGACUCCUCGACCGGAUCUCAACCCAACUGCGCUCAGGGGCGUGAUUGCAUACGUGGAUGUGCACACAACAGAAGGUGCCGAUGCAAGCGGUAUUUUUAUUGAGCUUUUGACUCAAAUGGGGGCACGUUGUGUCAAGCAGUGGAACUGGAACCCUUUUGCAGGGUCUGGAGAGUUGAGCAGUAGCACCGGUAGCACCACCGACGAAGACCAACCCGUGGGUAUGUCGAAGAGCAAGAUUGGCAUCACCCACCUCGUGUACAAGGACGGAGGCAAGCGGACGCUGGAGAAGGUCCGAGAAGCCAAGGGCCAGGUUCAGUGUGUUGGAGUCGGUUGGGUUCUUGACUGCGAGAGAGAUAAUAAAUGGCUCGACGAGAUUGACUACGCAGUCGACAUUACCAUGCUUCCUCGAGGCGGCCAGCGUCGUCGAAAGUCUAUGGAACCAAGAGCUCUCUCCAACGUCAAUGGCAACUUGGUUCUCACAUCAACUUCUCACAGUGCCAAGCAGCAAUCAAACACAGAAGCCAUGUCUCCGACAAAGGAGUUUCUCAAUCUCGACAGUCCUGUCUUGACAUCCGGCGCAGGCGCAAAUAACACUGCACCCUCACGCCGCGUCUCGUUUGCUGCACUUCCUACGCACCAGAACCGCAGAGAUUCUCAAGUCUUUUCGCCCGCCAUCUCUGACGACGACGAGGAUGACGAUGACGAUGACGACUACUGCGAGACCCCCGUUGCAUUCAAUAAGCCGUCUUCUACGCCUCCUCAACCGCCAAUGACUCCAUCAGCCGCCGCGGAGACCAACAAGGAAAACAUUAAUCUCUCUGCUCCUGUUCCGGUUCCGGCUUCAUCUCCAGAAACCCCGUAUACCCCAUUUACAUAUACCUUUGAAACCAUGUCCGACAUUGAUGACGAUGACGAUGACGACAACGACGACAACGAGUCCAACAACCGAAGUGAAACCGCGUACGAAUCGUCUCCAGACAUGCAUGGCACAUCCCCUUACUAUCUCAAAGCCUCGUCCCUUGUCCAACAAACGUGUCCGCCCAAGAAAUCAGCCCGACCUUCGUUUUUCGCGCCCGUCUCCAAAGAUGCAGGGCCCCAGAAUGAAUCGGUGCGGCAGAAGUUACUCAUGGCGCGGAGAAAGAGCCUGCAGUGGGCGCCCAAAGUGGGCAGUCCGCUUGCGCGAGGCGUGGUUAAUUAUGCUGAUUAUUAG